AUGACUGUCCAAACACUGCUGUGUUGCCUCAUUCUGUUUACUGCAGCUUUCGUAAGUCGAAUCAACGAGGACACAGCGAAGGUCUUCACUCUCGAGGAAGCAAUGAAGAAGUUUGUUGAUGUGUUUCAAAAAGUCUACGGUGUCGUUGUGUCGUGGACUGAUACGAAGUCGGAGCAUCAAGAAAUGAAAAAACUCUUCUCUACUAAAAAAUUUCAGGUAAAAGUCGAAAGGGGCCGUGUAAAGAUUGGUGAGGCAAAAACAAGCAGCAGUACCCGCACUCUUCUGUACGCCAAUCUCUAUGACAAUCAAGCGGAUGCAAGUCAAACGUAUACCGUCACACAUUCUACUAUUCGCAAAGAAAAAUCAUCUUACACGGUGAAACAAGGAUUCAGCCUUGGCCUUGAGGUGUCGGGAGGUGUGACAUUCAAAGAAACACUCGGGCUGAGUGGCAGCGUCGGACUUAAGUACGACAAAGAAACUGCCAAAACAGACUCUGAGACGAAACUCAAGACGUUCACCGUCGCCACAGGUGUCAGCGUUCCCCCUAAUAGGACCGUUCAAGUGGAAUGGUACGCCACAACCACUAAGAAGGAUUUCAUUUGGACCUGCAAUGUGACCAUCAGUGGUUACUUUGCUAUGGGGCUCAAAACGCCGUUGGAAAACACCUACAUGCUCAUCAUUCCAGCGUAUUACCUCGCUUUUGCUAACAAGGAACUUCAUAUAGUAGGCCCCAGGCACGCACGCUUUGAGGCUUCUGGUGUAUUCACAGCAAUCACCGUCCCGGAAUCCGACAUCUACACAACUGACGUGACGGACACUUUGAAGGACAAAAUAACGAUGAUUUCUGGAAGGUCUCACACUGUUGGGUAAACGUUAGAAGCAGGCGGGUGCUUUCGGCAUAUUCAAGCGGCGGUCCAACGUCCGCAACGAUACUACUGGUGGCGUCUGUGCUCAGCAUCGCGAUCCAAAGAAGCAGU